UCCUUUUUUUUUUUUUUUCUCUCUUCUGUCGCGUCCCAUUAUAGAGAUUAGAGAGAGAUGAGAAGAGCUUGCAUUCAUAGGAGAGAGAAACAAGCAGGGUGAUAUAAACCGAGAGAGAAACAUUGUUAGAGAGAGAAGUUAAUGGCGAGUAGGUGGGUUAAGUCUCUGCAAUGCAAAUCCAGAGCAUUCGACGACGUCGUUUACAACCCCAAGCCCAGACCAACCCUAAUACCCAGCGCCAAUUGCAGACACAGCGUUCAGAACAUCAAGGACGUCAUCGAUACCGCCGCCGCCAAACACCACCACCACAAGCUCAAGAAGAAGCCCAAGCCCACCGACUCCACCCAAAAACGGCCUUCGAUAUCUGAACGACCCGAUAGAAAACCCGAAUCCUCCACUGUAAGCCCCACCGGCAUGACCCGCCCGGCCAGAACCCGAUCGCGGACCCACGACCAGUUCCUGCCGGCGCUGACCGAGCUGCCGGAGGGCCACCCGUCACGGAACGUGGUGGACAUUAUCUUCCACACGAGCUGGAGCCCCAAGGCAUUUUCGGGUCGGGUCGAGAUGAUAUUCAAGGUGCAAAACGGGCCGAAGGCGGUGGCCCGGUUCGAGGAGUAUAAAGAGCUCGUGAAGUCUCGGGCCCGGUCUGGGGGUCCUAGAAAGGACGAGGAGGAGAACGCGCGGUGCGCGGCGGAUGGGAAUGAGGUCAUGGGGUUCCACUGCCUGGGGCCCACGUCUGGAGGAGGCGCGUACGACGCCUGCGGUGGCGCGUGGACGUUUCCGGGAGGGAAGGGCUCAGCGGUGAUAUGCACGUACUCUGGAAGCGGCGGAGCCCACGAGAGCGCCGGUGGGGGGAGGGGCAUGCGGGCCAUGCUUGUCUGUCGGGUGAUUGCGGGUCGGGUCUCGGAGCAACUCGGUCUCGACUCGCUUUUGAAUGGACGAGUUGGGCUCGACUCGGUGAGUGGGGACAACGGCGAGUUGCUGGUGUUUGAUCCACGUGCCGUGUUGCCUUGCUUUCUUAUUAUCUACAAAUUGUAAAAACUACAACGUCUUUUUAUUUUAUUUUAUUUUUUUUAUGUCUUAUAUAUUUUGUUUCUAAUUUUGUGGGGGUUGAUUAUGAUUAUGAUUAUGAUAAUGAAUCGUUCUACUUGCAUUUAUCAA